GGGCCCCUGCUUGUUUCGGGGGCGAUUUCCACUGAGCUUCUAGAAGGCGUCGACGAGUGGCCAAUGCUCAUUGGCCCAUGCGAGGGAGGCCCCGCCGAAUCCAGAGAUGACAAGGGCCAGCUCCCCAGUGACCACAUGACUGUGAAACCCAGACAACCGCUGCGUACUAUCAAACUAGCUUGA